AUGGAAAUUAGCUCAGAAGAUACGUCUACACGACAACCUGGCAUCACCAGCAACACCUCCAACCCAAGCUCUAAUCAAACAAACAGCCAUUUUGUAAUAGCUGAAUGUCGAAGAAACACUGCUGUCUCUACAAAUAAAAAUAUAAAUAAUAAUCAAGAAACCACUGAAGAAUCUGAUAUAGAAGAAAAAUUGCUCGUCGUUUAUUGUAGAGGGGGUAAAUUGGGCGCGGCUUAUUACACGCUGCAGACGAGUGAGUUGUUCAUACUCGAAGAAAUUGUGGACCGUCCGCCGGAAUACCAGAUGUUUCUGAACCUGUUCAGACAGGUGGAACCUUCCCGGAUCCUUCUGGACGGCAAGACCCAGGGCGCCUUUGUACAGGCGGUCAAAAAGACGGUCUUCGGCAACAGUCAUGAUGAAGAGACGUGCAAACUGAUUUUUAUAUCGGCUAGGGAAUAUAGUUUCGAAGCUUGCAAGAGACGCAUCCACACGCUCUCCUUACCCCACGAACCAUCCAAUUGUACUGAAGAAGAACGCAGCUUAUUCCUACGCACCGUGGUGGACUUCAGUCAAACUCAAAGUGUACACGCACUAGGUGCGUUACUGCGGUACCUCGACUUGAACUGGUCGGCUAUCAUAAUGGACCUCCACAGCAAGCCGGAGUUCAUGAGUCUCAAAAAGAUAUCCCUAGCGGACAUAGUGACACUCGACGAAGACACGUACUGCGGCCUGCAAGUGUUUAGUUCAGUGUCGCACCCGAGCGGCUUCAAGCGCGGCGCGAGAGGCUCCAGCCGUGAAGGUCUGAGCCUCUACCAGAUGUUCAAGAGGUGCUCCUCCCGGAUCGGCCAGAUUAGGAUGAGAGUCCUCAUGCAACACCCUACGACUGAUAUAGAAACGUUGACUCAACGCCAGGAAGUAGUUGAAUACUUCAUGAGACCACAAAGCGACGUGGUUGCGAGAAAUAUCUGCUCUUCGCUGCGAUUCAUUAGGAACGUCAAUGGCUUGCUUGCUAAAAUGAAAGCACUUUCCGCAAAAGCUUACCAAUGGAAAUCGCUGUACAAUACGUUGUACAACGCGGUUUUGAUCUGUGAAAUGUGCGAGAGUGCAGCACAGAACAGUAAAUUUUUAGAGCAACUGGCUUCCAGUGAUAAUACGAAACUGUACGAGAUGGCGGUUUACAUGAACAGAGUUAUUGAUUUUGAUCUCACCAAAUCCGAAGGGAAAUUCACCGUCAAAGCCGGAGUAGACCCGGAACUUGAUAGAAGUAAAUAUUUUCUAAAUAACGACUACAUUCACUACAAGAGCAAAGGUUGCGAAGAUACAAUCGAACGAACGAAACAGCAAUAUAAGUUUCAACGGCAGCGCGAACGGGACGGCGAGAUCAGCUUCACUGCAAUACCGACCCGAACGAAACAGCACGUUAACUUUCAACUGCAGCGCGAACGAGACGGCGAGAUCCGCGUCACUGCGCUACCGACCAAUCACGCGACCAGUACUCGUCGUCACUACAGAGUAGCGUCAUAG